AUGGCGAUGGACUUGGAUGUUAAUGGAACGGUCAAGCAAUCUACUACAUCCUCUUCUAUACCAGAAUUUGCCCCAUCUUCGCCGAAAGAUGAACCUAUCGCCAAUGAUGAUCGCGACCCGUUAGUGAAUGGCAAUAGUACAGCGAAAAAAAUAAACGCACCCCCAUCGCCACCAAUUCCAACUCCUCCACUACACCAAACAGAUAGCUCACAGGAACUUUCUGAUUUACAUAUAACCUCGCCAGCAGGCGGCGCACCAUCAAUGUCGUUUCAUGGGAAUGGACAGACUAACGUAGAAGAGGGACAAAAAAUACGCGACAAGGCUAUUGUAGAAGAUUUGCGGAAGGAAACGAAAAUUCCCGAACGGACAAACGGGGCCCCUAGUGACAGGUCGAAGCCAUCAACUCAUGUAUCAACAGCCGACCAUGCGAUGACUGAUGCGCCUUCAGUAAAGACAUCAAGAGAGAGGGAGGACGAUGACAACGUGGGGCCUCCAUUGAAGCGGGCGAAAACGGAAGAGAUGGAUAGCUCAUCAUCCUCAGCCGAGGCGCCGCUAUACCAUUCCACCGAUCCAAUCACGCCGUCACAGAUUAAGUUUGUAUUAGGUGUUAUUCGAAGUCUUAGACGGACCAAGGACGCCCGCCCUUUUACAAUGCCAGUUGAUGCCGAGAGACUUAAUGUGCCUACAUACUACGAGAUCGUCACAAACCCUAUGGAUCUCCAAACGAUGGAAAAGAAGUUACAAAAUAACGAGUACAAGACUCCGCGAGCAAUCGUGGACGAUUUUAAUCUGAUUCUUUCAAACUGUGUCCUAUUCAACAGUAAUGAACACCCUGUUACCGACAUGUCGAAGAGCAUGCAGGCUUCUUGGGAGAAACAUAUGAAAGGGUUUCCAGCAGCGAAUGCACCUGAAGUUGUGGAAAAGAGUGCGCCAAAGCCUAGUAAGAAGAAGGGUGGAUCGUCGCGGCCAUCGGCUGCGAAAGCUCCUAAAUCGUCACAAGUUAAGAAGGAGGCAAAAACAGUUGCGCAAUCGCCUAUAGCUGCCUCCCCUACUUUUGGUCUCCAGCCGUCUGGAAUUCCGCAAAUUCGUCGUGACUCAACAGCUGGCGAUGGCAGGCCAAAGAGAGAAAUUCACCCUCCGGCUCCCAAGGAUUUACCGUAUUCAGAUGUAAAACCGAGACGCAAGAAGAAUGCUUCCGAACUGAAAUUCUGCGAUAUGGUCAUUAAAGAGCUACACAAAAAAAUCCAUGAACCCUAUGCGUUCCCAUUUUAUUCACCGGUGGACCCAGUGGCUCUUAAUAUCCCCGAGUACUUCAAAAUCAUCAAGAAGCCCAUGGAUCUUGGUACUAUCCAGUCCAAACUCAAGACGAAUCAGUAUGAGACUGGGAAUGAUUUCGAGGCGGAUUUGCGCUUGAUGUUCAGGAAUUGCUACAAGUUUAAUCCUCCGAAUCAAGCUGUGCAUCAGAUGGGUAAACGCCUGGAGGGUAUAUUCGACGAAAAAUGGUCCGAUCGAGCCAAAUAUGUCAGGGACAACCCGGGUAGCCAUUCUCCCGCUUCCGCCUCGCCACCACCUGAAGACCACGAUGAGGAUGAGAUGAGCGAAGAGGAGGAGCCUAAUCAGCCCGAUAUUAAGGCUUUGGAGCAGCAACUCGAAAUGAUGAAGGAUCAACUUUCUUCACUCAAACGACAAAACAAGAAAACACCACCUGUUUCAUCAAAUUCCAAAAAAGGCAAAGCUGGACCUUCUAGAAAGAACUCCACAGCCGCCGCUCCAGCACCACCAGCAAAGAAGGUUAAGAGAUCUGGUAGUAAGAAGGAUGUACCUCGCAUCACCUUGGAGCAGAAGACCGAGCUAUCCGAAAGGAUCAAUUUCUUGCCAUCGGGUAAGAUGGCAUAUGCGCUCAACAUGAUCAGGCAGAAUAUGCCCGAGAUUGACAAGGGUCAAAAUGACGAAAUCGAGCUAGAUAUAGAUGAGCUAGACCCUCAAACUUUAUACAAGCUCUAUGUUUAUGUAUCAAAGUAUACACCAGCUCUUGAAGCCAAAUACGUCCCGCCACCACCACCACCUCGUCCAGCCCAGGAAUCGAAGGCCAAGACUAAGGCGCCCUCAAAGCCGCGGAAGAACAAGCCGAUGUCUGCGAGUGAACAGGAGGCCAAGAUCAAGGAUCUCACAGCCAGACUUCAUGAUUUCGACAACCCAACGCCUUUGCCCACUUCUGCCCAAGCUGCUCCCGAAAAUGCGGAUAGUGAAUCCAGUGAUGACGACGAGAGCUCGGGGUCAGAAAGCGAGGAAGAAUAG